AUGAUGAUGAUAAUUUAAUAUUUUAAGAUGGCUGUCAUCAAUAAUAUAAUUUCGGUUGUUAGAUAUCCUGUCUAAAUUGUUAUAAAGGUGUUUGCUAUACAUGUCAUAAAGGAUUUUUGUUUUUUAAGAAUCAAUGUUUUCAAAAAUUGUCAACUUGAUGAAUAUUUUUAAACCCUAGAAAAGAUGUAGAUUAAGAAGCAAUAGAGAAGGAAUGUUUCCAAAUAUUGUGGAAUUUAAUCUCAAUUACAUGGAUCUUAAUUUUAUAUUUUUAGAAAGAAAUCAAAAAUGCAUUUCAAAACAGAUUUCAGCUUUCUCUCUGAAAUUCACAUUUGA